AUGCGCUUCAGAGACAGACUUCAACAAACCACCUUUGCCACGUCCUAUCAUCCUUCACCGACCUCGCUACAACAUGAUAUUCAGACACCUCCGACUUUCGUAAGAGGUCACCAACAAUUUCCAUCUCAGAACAAUGGAGCAGCGACCUCGAUAGUGAUCAAUAUUAACGAUGGCGGAUCGACUGGAAGAGGUAUCCUUAUUGGCCUCUUGUCUGCAUUUGGCUCGGCUGGGAUCGCCGUGCUUGUGUUGGCCAUCUUUUUCUUCUUCAAGUAUACUUCUCGAGGUCGCAUCAUUCUAGACCGGAUAGGCCGACCUGGAGAAUUCGAUGACGAGCAAGCUUUUAUCAGGGAAGAGGCGGAGGCGCUGGAGAGUAUGGAUGAUAUGCAGCGAGCAGAAUAUGUCAGAGCUAAAGCUUUUAUUUCAGCCAAUCCUCCCGAGACCACACCUACAGAUAUAUCCUUAUCACAGUUUCUGGCGAUACAAGAGAAGGGAGUUUCAGCAUGGGAGUUCGAACCUGAGCUCGAGAUCGCAAAUUGUUUUGUUGAAGCGCGGACUGAGAUAGAAUUUUUCGACGCAGAAUGCAGUGUACAGAGCAACUUGCCGAUACCUAAGCAGAACGAAGUAUAUUAUUGGGAAGCAAAAGUCUAUGACAAACCAGAGACAAGUACUAUCAGUAUUGGUCUGACUACAAAGCCAUAUCCUCUAUUCAGACUACCAGGCUUUCACAAAACAUCGAUUGCAUACCUGUCGAAUGGGCUGAGACGUUACAACCAGCCGUUCUCCGGUACUUCAUAUGGUCCUGAAUACGUGCAGGGAGAUGUGAUUGGAAUUGGGUACCGACCACGAACAGGCAGUAUCUUCUUCACCAGAAACGGCAAGAAACUGGAAGAAGUCGCUCACAAUCUAAAAUCACAGAAUUUCUUCCCAACAGUCGGUGCUAAUGGUCCAUGUACUGUGCACGUGAAUUUCGGCCAGAUGGGCUUCGUCUUCAUUGAAGCAAAUGUGAAGAAGUGGGGGCUUGCCCCAAUGACUGGCAGUCUAGCACCUCCACCACCAUAUGGUAGUGAGCAAGGCAGCAUCCUUCUCGAAAGCGGCCGCGACGGCGUACGGCAACCUGAAUACCAACCUGGUCACUCACGAACACGAAGCGGUCUAGCAAGAUUGGGUUUGCCAACGGGAAAUUCUGGCCCGGUACGCUCACCGACAGACAUCUCCCUAGCAUCCCUCGCACAAUUUGGCUCGUCGCAGGAUUUGAGUCAGAGCGAAGCAAGCAUGAUUGGCGAUGUGCAACACCAACCCAUCGAGAACACUCCCGCGGGUCAACAAAUCAUUCCGCCGCCUGAGUACACAAGUCCAGGAGCAAGUCCGCGAAGUAGUACGGAGGAUAGUGAGGAGAGGGAGAGACGGAGACUACUUGUAGGAGACGGGGACGAGUCACCACCUAUCCCAACUUAUGAUGCUGCUGUUGGGGGAGGAACAGCCAACUACCAGUCAUGA